AAGAUAUGUCCUUCAUAGCCACCAUCAGGAAGUGGGCAAGGUCGUGGAUGCUGCCAAUGGUAGUUGGGCGAGGUUCAGGGACAUGAUGCAGAGAAAAUACAGGUUGGGGGAUGGGUUGCUGACCAUGGCGGAUUUGGAAGCCAUGAACAAGGAUGACUUCUCCACGAUUGGGGCGUUUGUGCACGAGUUUAAAAGGAAGGCGCGGAAGGUGCACGGGAUCUCCGAAGAAACCCAGUGUGCCAUAUUUUUGGGUCUGCUUACUGGCUCGGAGGCCUCGGAGCUGACGGGUCACGGGGGGGGAAAUGAGAAACUCACCUGGGCCACUAUCGACAAAGGGGUGGAAGAGGUGAUUGUGGACCAGGUGGAGCAGCACCAGGUGCGGCUGCAAAGGCGCAAGAGAAAGGAAAGGGACGCCACCGCAUCCGGGACCCCAGUGGUGAAGAGGAUCGUCACGGACGUAUUGGCAGCGCUGGGGUAUGAUAAUGAGGCGGAAGUGCAAAAGAGGGGAGUGACCGUAGCCCAAGGCCGGGCGUCGGGGGCAGUGGAAGAGGAGGCUAUGCACAAUGGCGGAGAAGAGACGGGCUCCCAGAUCCUAACCAAGUCCAAGAGAAAGCAGCGGAAUUUACAAGUGGGGGGUCAAGGAUCCGGAAAAGGGCAGGUCCCGCAAGCGAUUGUUGCGCCGCCACCUGUUGCCACGACAACGUCAGCGACGGUCAGGCCGUCAUGCCACACGGUGCGGUUCUGCGAGCGGCGGCGGGAGGAUGAAUUGUCAGGGUUAAUCUCCUCUUGUAUGGACGGGGACAUAUAUGAUAAGUGGGGUGAGCAUAUUGACCCCAGAACCCCGGGAGGAAUCAGGCAAGAGGCUCUCCAGCGAGCAGCAGCGGGGCCCACAGCACCCCCGACGAUGUUUAGGAUGUGGCAAGAGAAGGAAGAGCCGACCGUAAGGAUCGAGGAGAUUGUGGGGGAUAACGAGGAGUUCAACCAGCGACUAAAGGCAGGGGCUAUAAGGGAGGAGCCAAUAGUCAUCGAAUCGGAUGAUGAGGGGAAGGAAGGCGAAGGAGAGCCGACCACACUCCUCCUGGGAAGGAUUGGAGAUCCGCUGGAAAAAGUGGGGAGAUACCAGCAGAAGCUGCAAGCCCUGUGUGAAGAAGCCCGAGAGGCCAACCUGCCUGAGGUCUUCCUUUAUGACUCUGGGCCAGAGCCUUCGCCAGGACAACAAGGGUGCCCAAGAGUGGCGAAUGUAGGGACGGGCCCUAGGUCAGGUAUGGCCUACAGACCCCCCACGUCGCAUGGCAGGGUACCGCAGGCGGCUCGGACUAGGAGCCAAAACAAGGCCGGGCCUAGCCAAGAGCCCAGUCAGGCGCCCCCUCGAAAGGAGCCUGAGCCAGAACGUAGGAAAGAGGUGGUGGAGGUCCCGGAGGAAGAGGAAGAGGAUGACGAUGAAGAGGAUGAGAGGCCUCGACAAGAGGAGGAUCAGCGGGCGGAGCUGAGGGCCAAAAAGAGAGGAGCCCGGGAGGAGGCCGAGCCGAGCCUACCCGACAGCGUACCUAAGAGGAAGAAGUACGCGGUUCGGAUGGCGGAAGGUUUUGAUGUGGAGCGGAUGGUGGACAAGCUCCUAGAAGGCCACAAUGACCUGAUGAACCUGAAGGACAUCCUGGCGUCGCCACCAAGGCUCCGUGGUGAGUUGAAGGGCAACUCUCGCGAAGAAAUGAAUAUCAUCAGGGAGAAGGAGGCGGUAAUGAUAGGCAUGGAGAUCGACCGCUCGGACCAUGGCAUGCUGCAUGGCCCCAACUGCAAGGCCGCUUUUUAUGGCACGGCGUCUAAUGUGAUUAUAGAGAUUGGGAAGGUGCGAGCCAGGACGUGCUUUUUCGUCAUGCCCGAUGUCGAUCAUCCCAUCCUUCUGGGAAGGUUGUUCCUGUGUCGAACGAAGAUGUUGAUUUUUAAUAAGCACGACGGGACAAUGAUUCUGCUCCUUUGCGACCCAGCGUGUGGGAACUACGAAGUUGUCACUUGCCGAAACACGGGGCCGGGGAGCGGGAGGAAUAGGCCCAAUCUCGGCUCAUUAACCUUUAAGGAAUCAGAGAACGAGCGAAGACGGCUUUGGGAAGUGCCGGAGGAGGAGGAUAAGGCUGAGGUGUUGACACUGAGCCUCACAGGUGGGGGAGGUGGAGUUGGUGUAUCGGCUUCUGGGAGGGAGGGGAGGCCCUGCGAUGGCCCAGGCCCGAGCGACAAGUCGACUUUUUUUAGGGGAGGGCUUAAGCAGGGUUCCCAAAGGCGGUACAAGACCAUAGAUAAGAAGUGUCGCCCAAUUCUCGUGCUCGUCACAGAGGAUGAGGAAGCCUACUACGAGUGGGAGCGAGGGUUGAUACGGCGUAUGCGGGAGCGCGCGUUGGCCGGACCAUGUCGUAUCAACGACGAAAAUGAGGGGAAGCUGAUAAUUGGGGAGCCCGACUUUCUGUCGUCCCAGGAGAGGGCGUUGAUGGUGGGGCUGAUGAAGAAAAGGCACCGCGCGUAUGCAUUCAACGACGACGAGCGUGGGAGGCUGGAUGUGGACAAGAUCCCGAUGAUCAGGAUCCACACGGUCCCACAUGAGCCAUGGAAUCUAGGGGGCGCGCGGUACCCCAAUCCGGACGAGGAAAAGAUGGUGGUGGACUUCCUGGACGGCAAGAUGCGGACGCACGUGGCUGAUUAUUCCAGUGGGUCGUACGCGUCGCCUUGGUUUUGUUUUAUUAAACCAAAUGGGACGCUAAGGUGGGUGCAGGACUUGCAGCGGCUAAAUGCGGUGACAGUGCGGGGCGCGGGAGGAUUACCGAAUGCGGACACAUUGUCAGAAUUGUGCGCAGGGAGGCCUAUAAUCUCGCUUAUAGACCUCUACUCGGGGUAUGACCAAUUCCCCAUAUACCCGCCAGACAGGCCCGUAACGGCAAUGCACACUCCCAGAGGGUUGAUUCAUAUGAACGUGGUGCCCCAAGGUUGGACGAAUGCAGUGGCGAUGGUGCAAAGGCAUAUGAUCAGAGCCAUGCAGACGGUCAGCCCACACAUCACUCAACCCUAUAUCGAUGACCUGGCGGUCAAGGGUCCGAAGGAAAAGGAGGAAGACAAAGUGAUGCUCGGUGUGCGGCGCUUUGUCUGGAAGCAUGUCCAAGACAUCGAUCAGGUUCUGGGGUUAUUGGACGAACAUAACCUGACGGCGAGCGGCCCCAAGUCGAAGCAUUGUAUGAGGGAGGCCACGAUUCUAGGUUUUGUCUGUAAUGAGAGUGGGCGAAGGCCUGAUGUAAAAAAGACAGACAAGAUCCUUGAGUGGUCGUUGCCCUUCCGCUCGAUAACGGAUGUGAGGAGCUUCCUUGGGACGUGCGGAUUUUGGAGGAGCUUCGUGAAAGACUUUGCCACGAAGACGGAGCAUUUAAGGAAGCUGGUCGGGAACCCCAAGAGGAUUGUAUGUGGGAGAAACCGACAAAUUGAUAUCAUAGCGGCCCUACACGAUGGUAUAGCAGGGGGGCACAGAGGAGUGGGUGCCACAUGCGCGAAAAUAAGCGAGCUCUACCAUUGGGACGAGAUGCUGACGAUGGUUAUCAAAUAUUGUCGGUCCUGUAUACCUUGCCAAGAGAGGUCAGCGCAAAGGCCAGGAGAACCCCUACACCCAAGGUUAGAAAGGGAAGUGGGUGCGGUCGUACACCUAGACCUGUUAUUCAUGCCAGCAGGGGAGAAUGGGUGUAACUACAUCUUCGAUGCACGGGAUAACCUUACUGGAUUUGUGGACGGACGAGCUAUCCGGACGAAGACUGACCCGGUUUUGGCGAACUGCAUCGAGGAGUAUUACCUGCGAUACCCUUUUGUUAGGGAGUUCGUGAUGGAUCGAGGAUCAGAGUUCACUUGCAAUGAGGUGAGGACGUUGUUUGCAGGGUACGACGUAGUGGCCAACUAUACUACGGCCGCACACCCUCAAGCGAACGCUCCUGUGGAGAGGGGGCACAGUACCAUCACGAAUCUCCUGGCUAAGUGGACAGAGGGCAAACCUGGUCAGUGGCCGAAGUUCCUACGGGCAGCGUUCUUCGUGGAGAAUGUUACUGUAAAGAGGACUACCAAGUACGCGUCAACCACGCUAUGGUACGGGAGGCAUGCCACCUUUCCCAUAGAAAGCUUUAUGAAGACGUGGAGGUGCCAUGACUUGGAGGUAAACCUGUCUUUCGAAGAACUGCUCGAUAUUCAGGCGCGGCAAGUGGGGGCGGUCGAAGAAAGAUUGCGAGAAGCCGCUGGUCAGGUGGAGAGGAGUCGUAUGGAAGAUAAGAUGAGGUCUGACUUUUCGAAGACGGCCAUGCAGAGGGGCGGGAGGGGCGCGCGACCACGACAGGGGCCUCAGGGAGCAUCAGGAGGGGAUGACUCGCGCAGACCGGCUGGGAGGGAGUCUACGCCUACCUUCAACGACGAUAACAUAGAGCUUUUUCUGGACUCCUACCAGGCACAUGCGACACGGGAGGGGCCGCCACCCGCAGAGGAGGGGACAAGUGAGGGGGAUCCAUUGCGAGAGGGUCACGAGGCGAGGACAGGGAGGCCACCGGGGGAGACGAAAGAAGAGAAGCACGCGAGGGUGCAGGUACACCUCGAAGAGCUAUACCAGGAAAAGCUUAGGAUGAAGGCCUCAGGAGAAGCGCCAAAGCCGCCAAUUGACCCUCCGACGAGCGAGCAGAGGAUUAGUGAGGCUUGGGCCAGCUAUGAGAGCGAGAGGGAUGCGGCUCGCCUGAGGUCGCAAGAGGUAGGACAGGGGAGUGCAAGAUUGGACGAGGCACGAGAGACAGAGGACAUGGGAUUUUUAGCCGCCAGGAUGGAGAUGGAGCGUACAGACAGGAGGAUAGGUGAGGUGGCAAUCUCGUCCUUCCAGCAGUACUCCAUGCUCAACGAUGAGUUGGCGACCUCGAGGUUAGAAGUGGGGCAGUUGUCCUCCCAGUUGGCGGAAGAGAGGGCAGAGAACGAGGCGUGGAGGACCCGCAUGGAAGCUAAGGAGGCGGAGUGGGAGAAGAGGCUUCAGGACAUGGCGGCAAUAGUAGAAAGGCUCUCGACCACUAAGGUGGUCGACUGGACGGAGCAGAGUCGGUAUGGUAUCCAGGGGAAGAAGGUACAGGGGCUCUUUGGCCAGGAAGGAACGACGGAGACACCACAGCAAGAGGGAAUGGGGAAGGUAUUCCUGGACCCAGCAGAGGUGGCAGCGAGGCGGGAGGCCAAGGAGAGGAGGUUCAGCUUCAGGACUCCCACGGAGUUGGCCUCGCAGCAGGCCACCCCUAUAACGAUUGAGAUCCCUGAGGGCGAGCCGGCGCAGGGACCCCAACCUCCAGUGGAGGAAGGGGGCCCCACAGAGGAGUCCCCUACGAUCCUUUUGGAGGUGUAGGAGGGUGCCCUUGUGAGAGUAGCAGCAUCCACUGAGCCAGAGGCAAUGGGGGGAGCGGCAUCUCGACUGGAUAUGUUAGUGGCAGCUAUGGAGUUGGACAUGCCGUCAGGAGAGCAUCAGAGACAGAAGACCCCAGAGCGUGUGCCAGAGAUAGGGGAGUUGAGGACACAGUUAGGCUCUUGGGCUACUGGAGCUGACUCAGGAGAGCACAUCUCAGAGCAGCAGCAAGAAGUUAUGAGCGAGCCAGCGACUGCCGUGACUCCCCAGCCCUCUGACCGGCAUAGGGACGAGGAGGCGGCUGCGAUGGGAGGAGUCCGCGAGGGUAGGCCACUGAGAUUGGACACUCCAGCGUACCGGCCCGAGGGAG